UUAAUAUGAGUUUUUAUAAGAUUUGUUGUAUCAAAGUUUACUAGUGGUUCCAAGCUUCUCUUUGACUCUAGCUUUGAAAAGAAGGUGAACUGAUUCUAUGUAGUGUCUAGCAUAAGCUCAUGAUAUAGACUUAUUCAUUACAAAGGAUAAUGGUGAUGAUGUGUUAAUCCAGACUCUAUCACUUUAGGGAGAAGCAACUAUUGACCUUUGUACUCCAAAUUUUUCUUAGGAAGUGAAAAUGGUGAUGAUACGCUAACCCUGACUCUCUUACUGUGGAGAAAAGUGACUACUGAUCUUUGUAUUAUAAAUUAGAUAUCAUGAUCCUUUUCAACAGCAGUACCUACAAACCCUUUCUUCUGACUGGUUUCCCUGGCCUGGAGGCCUCACAUCCAGUGAUCUCUAUUUUGUUUUGUUCCCUGUACCUAAUUGCCCUUCUGGGUAACUGUACAAUUUUAGUGGUUAUCCAGGUGGAAGAGUCACUUCAUGCACCCAUGUACCUUUUUCUCUCCAUGCUGGCUGCUAGUGACCUGGGGCUCUGUGCUUCCACCCUACCUACUUUGCUCAAGCUUUUCUGGUUCAAUGUCCCUGAAAUAGAGUUUGAUGCCUGCCUUACCCAGAUGUUCUUCAUCCACGUUUUCUCCCUAAUGGAAUCAGGCAUCCUACUGGCCAUGGCCUUUGACCGCUUUGUGGCCAUCUCCAACCCACUCAGGUACACUACUAUUUUGACUAAAGUCACCAUCGUCAAGAUAGGCGUGGGGCUUUUGAUAAGGGCUGUGGCUGUCAUCUUCCCAGGACCCUUUCUCCUUAAGAAACUGAAGUUUUGUAAGGCCAAUGUGUUGUCCCACUCUUACUGUCUUCACCCUGAUAUAAUCAAGCUUUCCUGUUCUGACCACCGCAUCAAUAGCAUCUAUGGCCUCAUUAUCAUUCUCAUCACCUUUGGACUGGACUCUUUGUUCAUCCUCCUCUCUUAUUUGAAGAUCCUGAUCACUGUGCUAGGCAUUGCCUCCCGGGAAGAACAAUUCAAGGCCCUCAACACUUGUGUCUCCCACAUCUGUGCUGUGUUGCUGGUCUAUGUUCCUAUGCUGGGAGUGUCCAUUAUCCAUCGCUUUGGGAAGCAUGUUCCAGCUGUGGUGCACAUUAUCAUGGGCUAUGUGUACUUAUUAGUCCCUCCUGUUCUCAACCCUGUCGUGUACUGCAUUAAGACUCGGGAGAUACGUACCCGUAUUCUGGGAAAUCUACUAAAAAUAUAG